AUGCAAUUCUUAGUGGUGCUGGCACAGACGGUGAUACUGGCCGAAGCAGUGCGCAAAGACGGCAACCAGAAGGAUUCGACACAGUGGUCGGGGUGGUUCAAGCCGUCUGUGGCAGACAUUAACGAAAUCAAAGGUCUGAAGGACAUGACUGUGGAUCAAGCCUUGAAAAAGGCUAAAAGCGUCGAGGCUUUCCAAGCCUUGCAGCAGCUUGGGGUUCUGAUGGAUGAAGUUAAGUUUUCCUAUGGGAACCUACGGCAGUUGCCGCUCGCCGAAGCCGUUGAAGAGCGUGGCACGCUGGGCCUCACACUGCUCCAUGAUGCCUCGGCCUAUGCCUUCCAGGGCAAGCUGGCGCUAAAGGCGCUAGUACUUCUCGGCCUCGAUGUCAACACGCGCAGUGGCUCGGGACAGACGCCGCUGUACUUCGCUGCAGAGGAUUGCCAGCACGAUCACAACGCGGCCAUCGAAGAGCUCUUGGCUCUAGGCGCAAACAAAGAACUUACCAACGUGGAGGCAAAGACCCCCUUGGAGGUGGCCAAGUAUUACAUCACCUUGAGCUACGUGAGAGGCCGAGGUGUGUUUCACGUCGACCUCAGUUCUAACCUCCACUUCCGGCCGACGGCGACGACCUCCGACGUUGCCAACCUCCUUUAUUUGGCCGCCGGCAACUGGUCCUGGGGAGACGCCAAAGGCGAGGCCAGACGUCCCGGCGCUGUAGCGUGGCUGGCCUCCACCCGGUCCGCGACGCCUGCCUUUCUCCAGAGCCAGCCGCCCGCAGAGAGCCGAUCCUUCAACUUCAUCAUCACGAGCGAUCCGGCGGCUUCAGUGGCAGAUGCCGCCGCUGGUGCAGUUAUCCCUUUGUCGGCGCACGACAUCCACACUUCUCCCUCCGGUGCUCUUCCUCGCCAUGUGCGCUGUGAUCGAGAGGCCACCGCCCGGUGGAGCAUUUUCUCGCGCCGGACCUCGCACGAGCCGAAGAAGGCAAAAAUAAGCGUUACCGGCCGGCGGAUGAACCCCCUCCCACUGCGUGCACCCGCCACGCUGGAGGACCACUGCCAGGCCGAGGAGCGAUCCGAUUCGCCUUCCACGGCGGCGUCUUCAGAAGUCUCAGGAGCUGCACGAGAUGGCCCCCGAGACGGGAUGCAGGACCGCCCGAAGGCAAAAGCAGCUCUACGCGGGCUGUCUCAAAGCAGGCGGAAUUCGCGACCGCGGUCCGGGAGUAACAAGGUCAAGCGAGGUGGCAGCCGGGAGAACCUGCUGAGCUUGACUGGGGAGGUGGGCAGACGUCCCCGGUCUGGCAGCUGCAACAAGGUCAAGCGGUGCGGCAGCCGAGAGAAUUUCUCGGCCUCUGUCCCGGGGUUUGCUUCGACUCCGCACACGAUCCUUUGUGCCUCGGAAUCCGAUGGCGAUGCAUCGUCCAUCAAGCUGCUGUUGUCUGCGUUCGAGGGGCGCCCUCCGGUGAUCUUCUUCGACUACCCGCCAGCAGUGGGCAAGGCCAAGGAAGUGGAUCCAGCACGUAUCCUCUAUUUGGACGAGCUCUCCAGAAGAUAUCCAGAAGUUCUUUUCAGUCACCCGGGUGUCGUUCACCGCUACAACGCCGUCUUGAACACCAUCUAUAACGCAGGCUUGGCAGAGGUUCCAGCAGACACAGGCAAGUGGACGCUUCUUUGGAGUGGAACGCCGAAGCCAGAGGCGCUUCGCGAAUUCCAAUCCUUCCAGAAGACGAACCAUUUCCCCGCGUCCAACCAUUUGGGUAGGAAGGAUUUGCUGUGGCGCAACAUCCGAUUGAUGCAGCAGCGAUUUCCGGAUGGGAGGUUCGACAUAACUCCCCAGACGUUCCUGGUGCCCAGCCACUUCAAGUUCUGGGUGGCCGCAAGAGAGGGAGAUCCUAAAGCUCUCUGGAUCUGGAAACCUUGCAACUCCAGCUGUGGUCGUGGCAUCAAGCUUUUGCCUAGGAACGUCUCGGCGAAGGUUCAGGCUCGACUUGAGAGCAGGAACGGCGUGAUCCAAAGAUACAUCGAACGACCUCUGCUCAUCAACGGCUACAAGUUCGACCUCCGCUUGUAUGUCGUGGUCACCUCGUUUGACCCUCUCAAAGUCUACCUCUUCCACGAGGGCCUAGUGCGGCUCGCCACAGAGCGAUACACCUUGAGCUCCAAGACGCUCAGACGCCGCACCAUGCAUCUCACGAACUAUGCUGUCAACAAGAAGUCGGCGGCAUACGUGAGGAACUGCGACAGCCAGGCGACUUCUGUUUGCGGCAGCGAGCUGCGACGGGAGCUGCAGCACUCGCCGAGCCCUGAUCCUGAGGAGGAGCCGGACGCUGAAGACGACGCGGCUACCUACGAUGGCACUGACGAAGCAGACCUGACUGAUGUCUUCAACGACAGCGAGGAGGAAGCGGAAGAUGCUGUGGAUGAGACACCCAAGGCCGAGCCAUCUACAGGUGGGGAGAAGCCUGCUGGCGACGGACGAUCCGCUUCAAAGUGGUCGUUGCAGGACUUGCGCGAGCAUUUCGACGCUGAGGGCAUCGACUAUGAUAUGGUCAUGUCCCAGAUCAAGGACACAAUCAUAAAGACCUUGAUCGCAGCGGAGACGCCGAUUGUGAGCGCUUGGCACAAUGGUGCCAACUACCGGGGUGCCAACCGAUCGUGGCGUCCUGUUGGCCCUAACCAGACGUGCUUCGAGCUCUUCGGUUUCGAUGUCCUGCUGGACGAGACGCUCCGUCCCUGGCUGCUCGAAGUGAACACUUGCCCUUCGCUUUCUUCCUCGUCACCAUUGGACAAAAGGCUGAAAACACAGCUGGUGGCAGACAUGCUUACCCUAGUGGGCUCGCUUCUUUCGCUCCCAUACAGCGGAUGGAUUGGCGUCGGACUCCAUUCGUUUGCGCGACCUUGGAGAGGCGGAGUGGUCGACAAUCAUGGAUGCACACGACGAGUACUUGCGCCGUGGCUGCUUUGA